UGAAGCCAAGAUUCAUCACUUCUCUUUCCCCUCUUACAACCUCAAACCAAACCAAACCGAACUAUGGAACUUCACUUCCGUAGCUCAUCUUCGACCAACAACAACACGGUGUAUAAUAAGCCCACGAAUAGAAGCCCUACCAAGGGCAAGUUCGUGGGAGUGAGGCAGAGGCCUUCGGGCAAAUGGGUAGCGGAGAUCAAGAACACGACCCAAAAGAUCCGUAUGUGGCUAGGCACAUUCGACACCCCUGAGGAGGCCGCCCUGGCCUACGACGAGGCUGCCUGCCUCCUCCGUGGCUCAAACACGCGCACCAACUUCUUGAACACCGUCCCCUGCAACCCGGCCCUCUCUUUAAAGAUCAAGAACUUGUUGAACCAAAAGAGGAGCCAAAAUAAGGCCAUUAUUACCCCUCCAACUAGUGAUCAACAACGCAACAACAACGUCGUUGCUAGUAACAGUAGUAGUGGUAGUAGCAAUAGUAGUAUCAACCAAACGGAUGGAUCUCUUGUUUUCAAUCCAUCCGAGGAUGUAUAUAAGCCCGGUUUCAUGCAUUUCGCGCCUCAGCCAUAUGGGGAGGGCGCGGUUGAGGAUGCGCCCUUCCCAGAUUUCGAAAGAAUGAAGGUUGAGAGACAGAUUUCAGCAUCACUCUAUGCCAUGAAUGGCAUAAGUGAAUAUUGGGAUGCCAUCAAUGACUCAAAUGAUGCCUUUUGGGAUAUUCAAACUCUUAACCAUAUGUUCUGUCCAAGUUAAGCAAAAAAAAUCAUAUUUAUGCAACUUUUUUGACACAUUUUAUUAGGAAGAAAGUGGUUUGUAUUUGGAAUUUUAUGUUGGUCUUAUUUUAUGUUAGAAGCUAUUUAUUCAUAAAUUGUGAUGCUCCGAUUCUAUUGUCCAAUAUUGCAAAAGUUCUUGCAAUAUUUCUACGUG